GCAAGAGCGGACGGAUCACCUGAUGCCUCACACACUCUGAGCAAAAUGGCGGCCCCCGUGAUGCGACGCUGCCGGCAUUGGCUUCGAGCUGGGAAGCUCAGCAUCGGGAACUUCGUUGAACUGCGUGGCCCGAAAGGUCUCGUAGUUGCUAGCGCGCUCUGCCGGAGUGGAAAGGAGAUUACAGAGAAACAGAAACGUGAUGUUCCCUGGGCAGCAGUGGUUGGCCUGGAAAUUCAUGCACAGAUCUGCUCCAACUCAAAGCUUUUCUCCGGUUCACAAGUCCAGUUUGCAGCACCGCCUAACUCUUUAGUAUCUUUUUUUGAUGCUUCUCUACCUGGAACUCUACCAGUUCUCAACAGGAGAUGUGUAGAAGCCGCAGUGAUGACGGGCCUUGCGCUGAACUGCACCAUAAACAAGAAGUCCUUGUUUGACAGGAAACACUAUUUCUAUGCAGAUCUGCCUGCUGGCUAUCAGAUUACUCAGCAAAGGCUUCCCAUUGCUGUGAAUGGGAGGUUGUCAUACAUUCUGCACACAGGGAAAAACCAGAAUGAAAUGGUAACCAGGACUGUGAGGAUCAAGCAGAUACAACUGGAGCAAGACAGUGGAAAGAGCCUUCAUGAUGAUUUGAGGAGCCAGACGCUUGUGGAUUUGAACCGGGCAGGAGUUGGCCUCAUGGAGGUUGUCAUGGAGCCUGAGAUGUGCUGUGGGGAAGAGGCGGCUGCAGCGGUGAGAGAACUUCAGCUUAUCCUGCAGGCUCUUGGGAGCAGCCAAGCAAACAUGGCAGAGGGUCAACUGAGAGUAGAUGCCAAUGUAUCCGUGCAUCACCCUGGACAGCUUUACGGAGUGAGGACUGAAGUGAAGAAUAUCAACAGUGCCCGAUUUCUUGCCAAGGCAAUAGACUAUGAAAUACGUAGGCAAAUUGAAGAGUUGGAGAAUGGAGGAACUAUUUUGAAUGAAACUAGAGCCUUUGACUUUAAACUGGGGUGCACUGUAGCAAUGAGAGAUAAAGAAGGAAAACAAGACUAUCGGUUUAUGCCAGAGCCAAACCUUCCUCCUUUGAUUCUUCAUGAUUCUAAAUCUUUGCCCAUUCACACAAGCUACCAGCAUGUAGUGAAUAUUGAUUGGCUUCGGGAUAGGCUUCCUGAACUUCCCAGUGCGAAGAGAGCAAAGCUUGUUGAACGUUAUGGGAUUCAGCCUCAACACAGUUUCACCUUAUUGAAUGAAGAUGGAUUAACAGAAUUUUUUGAAGCCGUGGUGAAUGCCACAAAAAUGAGUCCCCAAAAGGUGGCUAGCUGGAUUCUAAAUGUUAUACUUGGCUAUUUAAAACAGUAUAACCUUGAAGUAAAGGAAAGUCCAGUCAGUCCUCUUCUUCUGGCUGAACUUCUGAACCUUCUAGAAAGUGGAACGAUUUCCUCUUCAGCAGCCAAACAAGUGUUGGAAGAGAUGUGGAAGGGGAAAGGGAAGACUCCAGCUCUGAUCGUUAAAGAAAAGAAGCUUGAACUGUUCUGGGAUCAGAAUGAGCUUCAGCGCAUCUGUCAGGCUGUGAUGGGAGGCCAUCAGAAAGAGGUGGCCGAGAUAAAGAAGGGAAACAAAAAAAUACUGAAUAAGCUUAUUGGACAAGUUCAAAGAACAACCAGAGGACGCUCAGAUCCUGUAUUGGUGAAACAAAUACUCGAGAAGCUGCUAUCAUAGGAACUUGGAGUGAAAAUUCCAUAUCUGAUAUUCACAACUGCUGUCAGGGCAGUUAUUAUUUGAUACUAUCUUUAGCAGUCAAACCAUUGUACAGAUUAUUGUAGCUACUUUCUGCAGUUUUUAAGCUUUAUUCAGGCCAUCAUCCUCUUCAGUGUUCGUCAAACUGGAACAUAAGGCAUGCAAAGUGAGCACCAAAACUGUAGCAUGCACAAGUUUUCUGUUUAAAAGAUGCUAGUUUUGUAACAUACUGAAUUAUUUUCUCUAAAUUAUCAGUAAUAUUUCUUAGAAGUGUAUUAAAUACAAACCUCUUAAUGUAUUUUCAAAGCAGAGUACCCCCUUCUGCUUGUAAAGUAUGUGAGACACUUAAUAAAAGAUAUCUACAAUUGCUUGUAUCAGCAGAUGUUCAAAAUCAAAUAUUUUGUUACAUGAUUAAGGGAAUCCUUAAGUGUGCUCUUAAGCAAAAAGAGUGGCAUAUUCUUAAAUUCCUUAUAUUGUGAGUUUCACCCGAUACUGGACUCUUGAGAAUGACUAUUCGUUUGAAUACUGUUUCUCCCAAAAUGCAAGUAAAUUUGAAUCUGAAUUUUUAUCACUUUCAGCUUCUAAUUUAAAAUCCUAGCCCAUGUAAAUAACAUACAAAAUACAUUAUUUAAGGUUUGCUGUUUCAUUAAGCACACUUAUGGCAGCAGUCCAAACAUGAAUUCACACUUUGUUUUGUGAGAGAAGAAAAGUUCCCUUUGAUCUUACUAACAUUAUGCCCUCUCUGAGAAGGAAGUUAUCUUUUUAUUCCAAUGUAAAGGACUUUUCUCUCCUUAUACUGAUUCUCUGCAACUCCACAAACUACUUUGGAAUGAAACAGUUAAUUAUUUUGAGUUAGAAAAUAAACAAAACAAGGACCCUUGUUAAAAAGAGGAAAGCUUUUUUGAGAUCUCUUGUAUCACAGUUCUAUAUAUUGUAUGGGGAAAGAUAACUACCAAGCAAUUCAGCUGCCCAUCCUCUGGAAUUUUAAGCCAACUCCUCCCACCCUGACCCUUUACUCUAGGUUUCAGCCACUACAGAGAAUAAAUAUUUUGCUUUUGGACUGAAGCAAAGAGAUAAUGAGCCUUUCAAAACAGGUUGCAGAGACUCCAAGCUGGUAUUUCAAGACAAUAUAGAAUGGCAGAGUUUUUAUAUGUUUAAUGAAUAAAAUUUGUACAUAAAUACAACUGUUUUAUAAACAA